AUGGGAAAGGCAGGGAAAUGGAUUAGAAACUUUCUUCUAGGGAGAAAGGAAGAGAAAUUCAAGAAGAUUGAUACAUUCUGCCCCGAGAAUAUGAGUGGUCAAAUGGUGAGUCCCAAAGUGAAGCGCAGAUGGAGCUUCGGAAAACUAACAGGUGGAAGAAUAACAAGCAAGGUAACUCGGCAUAAAUUUUCCAGAUCUUUUGACUCAGAUGAAUCUGCAAAACUGCAAAUAAAAGCCUUGUUGAAAACUCAGACUCCAAAGUGUCUUCCAACAGCACUGACAAAGGUUUCUGAAGACACUGAAUUUGAAAACACAGCUGCUACAAAGAUUCAGGCUGCCUUUCGCUCAUAUUUGGCCAAGAAAGCAUUGCAUGCUUUGAGAGGAUUAGUCAAGAUACAGGCGCUAGUGAGGGGUCACCUUGUAAGGAAACAAGCAACUGCUACCCUGCGUGGCAUGCAUGCGUUGAUGGCCAUACAAGUUAGAGCUCGAAUUCACAGAAUUCAGAUGGUAGAGGAAGCAAAUCUCCUCCGAAAUCAGCCUCCCCAACGCGGAGAAGUUCUACGCUUCAAAGGUCUCAUAACAGAAAAUAAAGAUUCAAAGGAUAUGAGUCUGGAAGAAAUGUUGGAGGUAUUGAAAAGUAGAAGUGGCCCUCUAGAUGGUUCAUAUGUUAAGAGCAGAGAGCAUGAUUCCAUGACAUUAUAUUCAAAACGUCCAUCAGUUUCAAAACGAGAAAAUCAAUACGAGAAUGCUUUAAUCACAGCACCAAAUAGCUCAGGAAAUUACGGGGCCAUGUAUGAAUUCAACCAAACAGCAGUGGCCUUAUCAGAUUCUCAGCGCCACCCAGUGCCUCACCGUCAAUCAUGGUCGCCAAAUUAUAUGAACAAGACUGAAUCUUCAAGGGCAAAAUCAAGGUCUCAGAGUGAACCAAGACAACGAACGAGGCACAAAAACAAGUCUGUAGGAUCUCCGUUGAAUGCUCCAAGGAAAAAUCUGUUCUCAAACUCGUUACGCUUCGAUCCUGGAAGCCUGGACCAUUGGGUUACUAACCUUCAUGGGUCAACGAAGGACAGCAAACGCGAUUCCUUUGGAAGCAGCACGGUUACUAGCGAUUCCUACUACUGA